AUAUCAAAGCCACUCCCUCCUGCCAUUCUCUCUCUCCCGCUGCCAGCAGCAGCUCACUCUGCGUCUCUGAGUGCGGUUCUUGUCCGCCUGCUUAAAAUGGACCAGGACUGGCGAGUUUUAGCCACACAGCGGGCCGAGUACGUGUCUGACCGUAUCCGCGGGCUGCUGUCCUCCGGCCUGGACUUCCUCCAGGCCGAGCUGGGGCUUGAUCUGGGGAUAAAGCCGGAGCAGUAUCCGACGUGGCUCAUUCUGAGCGCGGCGCUGAUCGGGCUGACGGUGCUGCUGCUGAUCGCGGCCUGUGGACGGAGGAAGCGCCGAGUGGCGCCCGUUCCUGCGAGCCCCAGCACCGCCGUUGCCGAGGCUCCGGUUAAGGCCGCCGUACCACCGAAGGCUGUAAAGACCGAGCCGAGCGAACCGAAAAAGAAGAACAAAAAGAAAGCAGCCGAGAAGCAGAAGGCCCAGGCGAAUGGACAGACGGUGGCUGGACCUCAGGAGGAAAUCAAAGUCACCGAGGAGAAAAAGAAACCCCCUCCUGCACCAGCGCGAGCACCUGCACCAGCACCAGCACAGCCACCUGCUGACACAAAGACCAAGAAAAACAAGAAGAAACCAAAACCAGAGGUGAAGCCAACCCAAGAUGUUUCCUCCACCAAUGGCAAGGAACCUGAUGAAGCAGGUGCUUGGGAAACCAAGGUCAGUAAUCGAGAAAAACGUCAGCAGCGCAAAAAAGAGAAGGGCCCUGGUGACAGCUCUGGGAGCCCUGAGAGUGGAGAUCGUGCCAGUCCGAAGGUAGAGCAACCUGCGGUUACAGCCCCAGCUAGCACCAAAAAGAACAAGGAGUCAUCGCGUGCCAAGGCCUCAAAGGGUGACACCAUUAUACACCAAGUGUCGUCUAACUGGAAUGAUGUGAACUCUGUUAAUGGUGGAGGAUGGACACAGGUUCCUGUGAAGUCAACCCAAUCAAAUGUUUUAAACAACGAGUUGUCUGCUGGGAGAAAGACCCCUGGGCACAAGAACCGUGAGAACGCCACCUGGAAACAAGAGUCAGAGGGGCCGUGGACUGGUUUGGAUGGUAGAAUUAAGGCAGAACCGAAUGCAGUAAAAUUGAAAAUACUCGGACUGAACCCAUCAGGUUCUAAUUUUUAUUCUUGUGGAGAGACUAGGACUAAAUCUAACUCUGAAAUCGGGCAACGGGACAGGGAACCCACCUUUGACAGUCAAUGGACCGGCUUGAAUGGUGUUGCCAACGAGGGCAUGAGCUCAGACUGGAACGCUCCAACUGAGGUGUGGGACAAUUAUGAACAGCCCAAAGUAGAUCCCCCCACUUUGAAAGAGAUGCCAGUGUCCAAGCCACUUGUGGACUCAAAUGAUGACAAUGACAAGGUAGAUCCUGCAGGAGGUGGAAAAUCCAAAAGACGAAAGAAAAAGAAGAGACCAGAAGAAGACGGUUCAGCCGCUGAGGUGACUCAAGUAGGUUCUGCUCCUGCAGAGAAGAGUGCGACUGUCAAGCCUCAUCCUCCUCAUGUUCCAAAAGAUGAGAGAUCCAAGCAAAACGUCCCUCCACAGUCUUCACAAAAGAAAUCUGAUCAGAAUUGGGAACCACCGAAGCAAGUUCAGAAGAAAAAGGCCAGGAGAGAAACAUGAACCGUGAAUAACAUUCAGGAUAGCUUAUGCAAAUAGAUUGUUUAUGCAAUAAUUUCACAGUACAGAAUUUUAUACUGAAUAAAUUGACUGUGCUUUUAAAAAAAAAUCCAAAAUAGAAACAAAAAUGAGUUGGAAGAACUCGGCAAAAAAAAGACAAAUAUAGAGUAAAGGUGAGCAGUCCAUGGGCUGGAACACUACUAUGUGCACUAUUACGCUACACUGAAGUUUAAGGAAUACUUAUCAUCCUUGAUAUCAGAUAUGCGUUCAGUGGAGCAAAACAUUCAUGAUCAUUAUUUUCCAACUGCUUCUAAACUGAUUUUGAAGUUGGAGUGUUGAUUUUCAUUUGGGAAAUUUUAAGAAUCUACUUGCUUUCCAUCUAUUACUGUUCCUGUGGCACUUUAGUGCUGCUGAAGUGUUGCAGUUACUGUUAGAAGCCACAGAGAGGCGCUGCGAGCCGGCGUCUCCUCCAGCAGUACUUCUGUGAUGUUAGCUUGAGCAGUAGAAGGUGAAUUACUGUAAUCCUAUAGAUUGCUGUGGUGGAAAACCAGAGAACGGUUAUAUUACAGAGAACUUUUUUAAUGCUAAACCUAUUUUCUUAGAGCUUUUUUUCCAUCCUGAUUACAUAUAUAUAUAUUUUACCCAUAUAACUGGGUAUGUGGAUCUCGGAGCUGUUAUGAGACUUCCCUUUUUAAUCAACUGCUAGUUGACUCUAAUGCUUUAUUUCCUGCAAGCUAAAGUAAAAAAAGCCACGCCAUAUGUAUAGAACUAUAAGGGCUUUUUUUCUAUGGUAAAACUCUGUAAUUGCACUGUGCUGAAGGUUGUGAAACACCAUUUGUAUUUACAAAUUUUUUUUUUUUUUUUUUUUUUUUUGCACAAUGUGAACAUUUGAUUUUUGUUCAUGUUUGUUUUGACUGAGUAAAUUAGUAGGUUUAUGUGAUUUUUAAUUGGGAACGUUGAUUAUGAUUAGUGCAGCUUUAAUUCCAUGACACUAAAACAGUAUCAGUAUCAGGAAUCUGUUGCCUUAAUCUGUACUUAGUAGUGGAUGCUUUGUUCUCUUCCUCAUUUUGAAGUCUUUUUAACAGGUUUGGCAUUUUCAGAUUUCAGAUUUGAUUGAUGUCAGUGUUGCACUUGCAUGAAGUUCAUAACCAUUUAUAGUGAUGAUAAAACGUCCUGAUUCUCUGUCCACUCGUGCAAGUACCACUCACUGUAAAUAGGCUUUAAUGAAUGAUGAAUGAAUAUGAUGAUAAUGAAGAAUGGAUGUGGGGUGGGUUUGGGAGGGGGGAUUUUUAAUGCAUAUUCAUAUUUGGGUUGACUUAGUGGUGUUUUGCCCAUGGUCGUUUUGUAAAUUUCAGUAGAUCAUGUCUUUCUGAGGCACUCUGGGCUAGCAUCGGAUGCCUGCCUUAGUUUAUCAUUCUAGAGGUUACUCAAACGAUGUAUUUCUACCAGUUUAUGGAUUUAAGAAUGAUCAUGUUUACUUAAGUCAAUGCAAUAUUUCUAUGUUGAUUUGUUAAAUAAAAGAAGAUCGCUAUUUGAGCUUAGAACUGUUGAUUUGUUAAAUAAAAGAAAAUGCUAUUUGG